AUGGAAAAGGUUCGUGUUAAGAAUCUGCUUUUCUUACAUUAUGUGAGAGUUUGUGUUGUGGAAAAAGCUCCGGAAGUAGGUGCACACACUCUCUCAGGAGCCGUGAUCGAGACACGGGCACUUGACGAACUGUUACCGGAUUGGAAAGAGAUGGGUGCCCCAGUUUUUGAGCAAGUCAAGUCAGAAUCGGUGGCUCUUUUAACGAAAAACAGGCGAAUCCCAAUCCCGAUGUUCCCCGGCAUGCCUCUAUACAAUCACGGGAAUUAUAUUGUUCGUCUUGGCAAUGUGGUGAGAUGGUUAGGUGAACAAGCAGAAGCUGCAGGUGUUGAAAUCUGGCCUGGAGUGGCUGCUUCGGAGGUACCGUAA